CUAAGUUGAUCCUACCUGGAACCUCCGAAUCCCUGAAUCCCGGUCCAAGCCGAUUUGCGGCGUCCUCGCCAUCAUGGAUCCCAUCCCGGACCUGGUGGAUUCAUCUUCGCCGUCGUCGUCUUUGUCGUCCUCGUCGGAGUUGCAGGAAACCUUCCGUAACUUAACUGGUCUGUUGCAAAAGGAAUUUCCGAGCGUGAAUUUGCACGAUAUCCCGGGAUUCGAGCAAACCAAUCAAGGCGGAGGUGGAGGCAACUUCCUCUUCUUCCUCAUCUCGCUCAUCGUGGGCAUGUUCUGGAUCACCUACAUCACCUUCUUCAACUCCAGACGUGUGGGACAGAUUGUGACCAAGAUUGUCAAUCGAUUCAUCACGGAUCAAGGCGGAUACCUCAAGAUCGGGUCUUUGUCAUGGUCGGUUUUACCGGGCAAAGUCAUGUUUCGAGAUGUCGCCUACAUCACGAAGGAUUACACAGUCAGGGUCCAAGAUGGUUACCUUGUUUUCCGAUGGUGGAAGCGCUAUGUGCCCAAAGAUGUAUCCGGCGAUUUAUCUCACUCGUACACCCGAUUAUCCGUGGUAUUAUCUGGCCUCGAAAUUCAUAUGUACAAUCGCACGGAUGUGUACCGAGAGCUGGAAAAGACGUUUGGACUGGAUUCGAGUAAACAUUUUCGUGGGGUGUCAAAACCCAAUGUCAAAGAAGAGGAGCUCAGUUCGCAUUCGCAAGAAGACGACAAUUCCACAGCAUCUUCCAGAAGUUCAUACAUAUUAGGCAAGAAUUGGCGGGACCUCAUACCGGUGAUUAAAAUUGAUGUGUCAAGCGGAAAAGUGGCCUUGGGCAAUCGCCUUCUAGCCACCACAUUGGUCCUGUCGGCCGAAGAUGCUCACCUAACAUACUCAACCAAGCCUGCGGGGUGCUCUCUGGAUCAUUUUAUGCACUUCAUCAAGGCCAAAGUGGAAAACUUCAAAGCUCUUUUAGCCCCCAGUCCCAAAUAUAUGGGAAUGCGCGACGAAGCUCCACGCUUCAUGGGCGAGGGCUUUGUUGUGGCAUCGUCCAAUGAGUUGAACAUCUACCAUUACAUGGAUCAAGCGGGGAACGUUCCACUCGAAAAUCACGAUUCGUUCCCUGUACCUGAGUGGGGCGUGGAUAUUCGUUGCGGGAAAGGGACCCGUUUCAGUUACGGUCCUUGGGCUGACCGCCAAAGAGAGCAAAUCUACAAGUUCUUCUUCCCUCCGGACUAUUUGCCGCAGGUGGUCACAUCUCCGCCUCAACCGGGCGAGAAACGGUUGGCGCGAUAUUUCCGCAUUCGCUUGAGCACUGAGCACGAAUCUUCUUUGGACGUGCUCUUCACGAAGCUGAAGGAGACCAACGCAGUCCAUGUGAAUGUGGGUCCUGGCACCAACUUUGAGUUCAAGUUGCCUUGGUUCGUGGAUCAGAGGGGCUUUACUUCCACUGUGACCGGAACGCUGAUGAUGGUUGAAGCCACGACAUCUUUGAAGUACCGAGAGUUACUCAAGGCCGAAACACUCCAGUUGAAGAUCCUCAUGAACUUCCCAAUCCAUUGGAAUGACCACCAAGACUGGCAGUACUCUUUCAUUGGAACCAAGUUGUCAUUGCAUUUCCUCUUUGCUCACAAGUGGUUCUUCGAGGAUCUUUUGGACGACUGGGCCUCCAAAAGUCCCCCUGAUCUCCUUUCGUUCGUUCCCUACACGUGGAACAUUGACUUAACGUUGAAAAAGUUCGAAUUGAUCUCCCCGACCAACGAGUUCAAUUGGUUGGAUACCUCGUCAACUAAUCCAGAGAACGCCUACAUGGGUCUGUGCGGUCAAAUCCUCAAGGUUAAUUUUGCCUUGCCUUUUACCGAAUUCUUGCCGGAAACCAUUCCAUUCCAAUUUGAUAUUAGCGGCGAGAUGGUGGAUCUCGUUUUAUAUUUGAACUCAACCAAUACUAGUCAUGAUAUUCUGAAAUCGCUGGACGACAAUGCCAAACUUGUGACUCGGGAUGGCCAAUGGAAAUGGAAGAAAGACGGCCAGGAAACGCGCUGGCGAAGUGUGUGCAAGUAUGCCGACGGCUGGAUCGACUGUUGGUUCGCUCCCAAGGCCGCUCUUCAGAUCGAGUUCGUCUAUCAUCCGAUUCCAUUGCCCGGACCCGCGCCUCCACCCGUGGUGGCCACUCCUGACAAGGAGACUAUGCUCCUCUAUCCUCUUCGUGCUCCAAUCGAGAUUCAGAAACCGUUUGUCAGAAGGAUGUCAACCAAUGCUCCCAAAGAUUUCGACCCCUUCACCAUGGAGGCGGAUAUGUGUAGUGUUCAUCUAUUCAUUGAUCAGAGCACAGGUUACCUCUUCGGUACGCUCAUCCGAAGUUUCAUGCAUUUGAAAGAGAACAUUUUUGGCGAGGAUCAACAAUUCACGCCCAUGGGCUCUAGUUUUGAAGAGCACCAGCAGGCCCCAUCUUCCAAUUUAAAGGAGCCAGGCGAAUCAAAAGCCGGGGACCAGUUCGACCCUCGGCUAUACCGACCCAUCAAUGUGGUUCUGGACCUUACCAUAAGCAACGCCCAAGUUCACCUCAUGAAGAAUUGCUCCGUCUCUGACUCCCCGUGUCCUUUUGCCAUGGUGGAGCGAAUCUCGUUUGAGAUGGAGAAAGACUAUCGAGAGACACGCCUACAACUGUUGCUGUCUCCAGUCGUGGUGAGGAUCGGGGCUUUGUCCAACGUGUCCCAAUCAAACCUUCAAAGUGAGCAAUUGCGCCAAGGUCAUCUCCUCCUGACUGGCUUACAAUUCCGAGGCCACGCCCUGUUCAGUGAAGUGGACCGACCUUUGGGAAGUGACACCCUAGAGUACGGCUGGCUGAUCGAGAUCCAAUGUGGAUCGCUCUUGGGCAAAGUUACCGCAUCUCAGUUGUACAACGUGUUUCUGUGUCUGGAGACGUUCUUAUUCUUGGCCGUGGAUAAAGAGAACGUACUCAAGCAUCCUAGGCCAUUCAAGCUCUGCCAGCAUAAUCUCAGUCAAAAAGAAUGUCAAAAUGUCCGACCAGAUCAGACGUGCUCCACUGUGGAAGAGGUCAAGUAUAGUAUGGUUCGUUUUUUGAUCGAUUACGUCGACGUGCAAGUAGUCGAGAAGAGCUCGUGUCUGAAGUUGAAGUCUUGUCCCAUCCGAUUUGUGUUGUGCAAUCUCCAUGGUCCUCAAACCAAGCAAGGCGUAACGGCCCUCAUUAAACAAGUGACUUUGAGACAGUAUAUCAGCUCGAACUUUCCCCUAAGUCGGGCGGAUAUUGAACCUUCUCAUCACGGAGACAUCUGGAUCGAAACUGGGUCCAUCAAAUUUGGACCGGUCAUCAUUGAGGGCGCGCUCUCAGGUUACACCAAUGCUCAGAAGGACUUCCAGAAGGAUCAGCAUGAUUUCUUGCAGAAACAUGACCGAAAAUCGAGACGGUUGUGGUUCUUAUGGCCUCAAGCCCUCACCAAAGUGGAACCCAAGAAAUUAGGCAAAUGCGGUUGUGUGGGAGGCUGUAAUUUCUUUGGAAACAACACCAACGGCCAGGACUUUUUCCACCCCAAACCCCAGGAUGUGAAGGCUUUGAAAAAUGUAGCGUUCCCCGUGAUUCGCGACCGUAAAGAAGAUCCGGGCUAUGGCCAGAGUAUUAUCCAUGAUCAUGAGUUGGCUGUCCAAGGAGUAGCAGCCUUUGGCUUUCCCAUUGAGACAUUUCUUCCCAGCAACUGGCCACAUUCGUGUUACGAGCCCGAAAAACUUCCAUUGUGUCCCGAUAUCCGAACCUACAAGAGCACGUCAAGUCAUGCCAGUGAUACCCCAAAGCAUCCCAAGUACCACAGGUCUUUCUCGGGCAAGCAUGGACCCGCCAACAUCAUCCAAGGAGCCAUGACCCAUCCCAGACGAAAGCGCUCAAUCUCGGCCACUUCUGAGGCGGGGAAGGUACUCUCCUCCGUCAAUGACCAAGACCAACCUGGAGGGGCAGACCUGGGAAAAUCGUCCCUCUCCAAAGCCUCGAGUCUGAUCCAAGUUCCAGGCGAGAAGGGUCUUUCAGACGCAGCUCAAGCCAAAUUGAUUUCUAGAACGGAAUCCUUGGUGAGCGAUGUGCUUUCAUUCUAUUCUUUGGAUGAAGAGGAAGGAAACCCCAAAGUGUCGUUUGGACUGAGUAGCCCGAAGUCCCUCCGAUCUAGUACUUCCAAAAGCCUCCACAAGCAAUUCUCGAACUCCACCCAAUAUGGAAGCCUAUCUUCGCCAACGUCCACCGAGUAUCACACCGCCAGCAGAGGGGCCUCCUCACCAUUGUCUCAGUCGUCGAAUAUCUUCACAUCUCCUUCCAUUAGUCAAUAUGAGACGGCCAAUAGCCGGAGUGCCGGCGCCAGGUCAACAUCAUCGCUCUCCUUUGACACACCCACAUUGCAGCCAGAUAGUCCCCAGAGUUUGGAUGCCCUGGAUGAGGAAGGGGGCUCUGGUACUCUCUCGAGGGUGGACUCGUCUGCUUCGUUCAUUUCGGCUGUGUCCGAGCACGAUGACCUGGGCAUGGUCAACUUACAUAUGCAAGUGAACAAGCCCAUCUCGGAGUCGCCUUUGUUGAUGUCCAGUUACAUCUCGCACUUGACCCAAUUGCGAUGCUCACAUUGGAACGAAAGCGUGGGGGUUUUGGCCCAUGAGCCUAGUAACAAAGCGGUUCCAUUUUUGUCCCAAUUCGCGUUGAUCGAGGAGGGCUUUAGCUCGAUUGAAAUGAAGGAUAAAGACGAGAAGGAGACACUGGAUGAGACCAUCUCUAAAGGAGAUUGGGAUGGUCCGAGUGAGUUCGAUGCCAACCGCGAGCACACCAGUUUCACGAGCAAUAUCACGAAUAGCAAUACUUCCAAAGCAACCGUCAUUGUCAGAUUCAAAGGCUCCAUUGACAUCAUUUGCUGCCCCAUCAUGUUGGAAUCGCUGGAGAAGACUUGCACAUCGUUAAACAACACCUUCAGCAAGAUCCAUCCGAUUUCGGUGGUGAACCACCUCCAUUCCACGUCUGUAGAUCGAGUGGAAUCAAGAAAUACGCUGAAGAAAGAACGAAGUCUGGAUUUGCAGGAGAAACUGAUUAUUGAGCCCAAGGAGGCCAAAAUGAAGAAAUCUGACAAAGAGCAACCCUCUCCGGACACAUGUCGCACUUUUGAAAAGAGCAUCUCCUCGUUCAUGCAAGCCUCAUUGAUCCUACCCAAGAUCAAUGUCAUGAUCCUUCAAGCUUCGGUCGUGGAGGAAAUGUGUGCCUUCUCCGCUCUCGAUCAAGUCAAGGACAUCACGUGUGUGUCACUCUUGGCCUUGGGCAUCAAAGAGACUUCGUUCCAAUUUUGCAAGACCUCCCAGUCCAAGAAGAUUGUCCAGAUUUACCUGCAGAACCAGAAACCCUCUGGGAAAAAGAAGAAGAGCAAGUACAAGAUCCCCGAUGUCCGCCAUCAAAAUGAACCGUUUGCCUACGAGUCCUCAGAGACUCAACGCGAGGAGCUCUUUAUGACUGGCUCCAUGCAAAAGGUUCACGCUCAACUCCGACGCCUUCGGAACGAUAGUUCCAUCUUGCAAGAUGCCGCCAUCACCGCCAUUCCCAACCAUCAAUCCAAGGUGUUUUUCGAGUACGUCAAUGUGCCUCGACUCAGUAACAAUCGCACCAGUACCCCUGUGGGGGAAAAUCUGGAUUCCUCCAUCAAAAGAAAACGCGAUUCCGAGCUGAAAAUGGGAUAUAACAUGUGCGAGUGUGGUCUUGAAGGUCUCAGUCUCAAAGUGGCUAAAAGGUCCAGUCAUCAAGGAGAUGGGGGACCCGAGGCCAGUCAAACCGAUCCCUCUUCUUUGCAUGUCGUGAGUGAGAUGAAAGAUGAGGGCGGUCCAAAAGCUGAGGAUGUGCGCUCUCAUGGGGGAGAGAGCAGCACCAGCGGUCAAGAGGAAGAUCCACUAAAGCCCGGCCAUGGCAAGAAGUCCACCGCAUCUGGCUCUGCAGAGUUAAAAGCUAGUUGGUUUAAUUUUGCAGCUCCCCCCAAAACUCCUAUCUCCAAGAAGAUUGAUUUCACCAAGUUGGAUUGGAAUCUUCUCAGCACUGCGAGCCCGUCCAUCGAUGCUUGGCUGGGACCCAUUGAUCGGUUCCAAAAUGCAGCAUCCGCUUGUAUCCAGAUGUAUCAUCUGCGUCUGAGUGCCACCAUGGCCGCAUUGAUGGCCGACUCCCUGGACGUGGCCACGGAGAAUUUUCUUUCUUUGGCCAAACAUGACAAAUUGACGGCCUUGUCAAGAACGCUACGAGAAGACCCCUCAUGCCAAUUGUGUUCCAUUCUGCUCAAAUACAUGAUCCGGGGCAAUUUGCAGGACAUUGAAACCAAUUUGAAUGAUGGCGUUCCACCGCUAACCACUAUUCGUCAAGGGAUCGUAGUUUUGUCCCGACAAUGGAAAAAUGCGCUGUCCACCUCGAUUCUCAUUGAGUACAACCUGAGGUAUCGAAGCCUCAAGAACCUGUAUGGGGCAGCCCAGAUGAAUUUGGAGCCAAUUCACGAACAGACCGUUGAGGGUGAUGAUGGAGACGAUGAUGACGACGGUGACGAUGACGACGGUGACGAUUAUGAGGAAGAAGAAGAUGGUGACGAAAACGAAGGAGACGAAGAGAGUGAAGGAGAGGAGAAGGAUCUUGAAGGGGAUUAUGACGAAGAGGCCCUGUUGUUGAGAGGGGCUAACAACCACCGUUACAACAACUUCAAGAGUGGCUCCAUCAUUUCCGACAUCUCUGCCAGUUUGAGAGCCAAGUUGUCUCCAGGGCAUUUCAGUCCUCUCUCGGAGGACAUGGUGCUUCUGGAGAGGAAUCCCCGAAUGACAGGAAACCGAGCUUCUAUGGUGAGUGUGGAUUCCAACGAAUUUGUCCAAUCCGUUCCAAGCGAAUUUCUUCCCACAUCGGGUGAUGUGAGUCCCACUCCUGGGACGAAAGAGCGAGACGAAAGUCUUUACGAGUGGAUGAAGAGACAACAAUCCUUCAAGGAUAACACCAAACAUUUCGAGGACGACAAACUCAACGAAGAUGAUAUCAAGAGCAACCUGGAGAAGGUGUCUCGCGCGCAAGUGAUACCCCAAACCAAAGCUAUGCAUUUAUUGGAUGCUCACAUCAUUUUCGAGCCUUUACUAUCAAGUUUGGGACUCAUGCCUCAACAAAUCCAGAACCUAUCUCUCAAGACCCUAGGCUAUAAUGUGUCCUUCUUGAGUUACAUCGAUGAGGUCCGAGUGGAUAUCAUGGAAUCGGAAAUUGGCAAGCGCACGCGAUCCAUGCGACAUCUGUCCGAAAGCGAUCAAUCUCCGGCCUUCAUGUGCGAAAAAGUAUGCCUCCAAAUCGAGUUGAAGAAAGUCACGGACAUCAAUACAGUGGAUAAGAUGAAGGAAAAAGUGGUUCCGUUGUACAUGUCUAGAGCCCAACUUAAACGACACACGAGCAGUCUGGUCAAUUUCAGCAUUGAUGUCCACCAAAUCUCCCAAAGAAUCAACAUGCCUCUGCUCAGACUGGCCAAUCAAAUCGUCACCAUGCAUCUGAACGUCAAGGAGACCAACGAAGAAUUGCGAGAAAAUAAACCCCAUGAGGAACCGGAGUCGAGUGAGCAAAAGGACUACAUGAGACGCAAAAAGUGCUCCUCGGAAAGCUCAAGUAGCUCGAAUCUGUCCUCCAUGCCCACGGAGUCCGUUGCUCCUUCGAAUGAAAAGCACAACUUAUCCUCGGACUCGGCCAAAUCGAACAAACCGCCGAGGGCAUUCCAAACCCCAAGCCCUUCAUUGGCGCUCAAAUCUAGUCUGAAGCAUCGGCCCAAAAGCUUUGCUCAAAAGUUCCGGCCCAACUCCCGUUUGGCUGGAAUCGGCGGGUAUGCCAACAUGGAUAGUCCACUCCACGAGCUGCAGGAUUCAUUCGUUUUGACCAAUGCGCCAUUGGAGAUGAUUACCGAAGAAAUGACCACAAUCAAGUGUUGGAAGACCAUGUACAACUUGUUGGAAUUGUAUUCAACCAUGCCCACCACCAAGACCGUUCAACGGCAAAGCCUCACACCAGUCUCGAACAACGUCAAUUUGGAAAUGGGCAUUCUACAAAAGGGCGGCAAGCGUAUUACCACCCCGACCGCCCGAGAUGCACCUCCCUUACCCAAAACUCCGGAUUUGGAAGUACCCAAAGUCCAAACCCCCAGUGAGCAGCCUCGGCGACCCAAAGAGGUUUCCUUUGCGAAGGCUGAUGCCUCCAGACACGAGCACACGCCCUUGAUUGUGUUUGGCGUGGCCAAGAUCCGCACCACCAAACUCAUGGCCACUCUCAGUGGGCUCAAACUUGAAGGCGAGAUCAAGGGUCUUCAAUCCAGCAUGCAAUACAGAGAGAAGAUCCGCGCUCCAAUGAAAGGGGUGGCAGAAGUCUGUGUCACGGGUCACAUGGAAGAAACGAACAUUGUGCUUUUGGAAGGGCUGUUGAAACAAGAGCAGACCGUGGUGAAAGUGGUCAUUGGGAAAUCUCAAGUGAUCUACACGAGUCAUAUAUUGAAGAACAAGGACCGAAACAACGCCACUAUGGCUGUCAACUUGGUCCACGUGGAAAUCCCUCAACAUCCGGUAAGCCUUCACGGAAUAGUGACGAGAGGCACUAAGGAGCUCUCCAGUACACUCCAAGAGUUCAGAGGGGCUCGGAUUCUACAGCGAGGCAAGACCAUGAUGGCUACCGAUGAUUUGGAUGGGUCUUUGCAUCAGUCACCAAAAGUCAGCCACAAACAGACCCCAUCCGAAACUGCACCACUCCGGGAUGAUGAGAAAUCGGCCUUGAUCAAACCCUUUGUCAUGCAAUUCCAUGUCAUCAUUCACAAGUUGGCCAUCGAAGCUGCCUUACUGCCUUCUUUAAAGGCCGAAUAUGCCAUGUACAAUCUCUCCUCUAAAGGCAUGAGUGGAAGCAAGGCCAAAUUCGUGGUUGACCUCCCCAAGCAUGUGCUCAGUUUCAACACCAAAUUGGAGGUCGAUGUCACGGAAGCCAAUCUACCCUCAGAGGCCUCCAUUGAUUUACCGAAAGUGCAUGUGAAAGCGGAAUAUGUUCAAGAUGAUGGAAAAGGACCCUCAUCCUCAAACGGACCGGAUGGAUCAAUUCUGAGCAAGGGAAACUAUUUGAGCGCCGAUGCCCAGAUCGGAGAACUGGAACAUUGUCUCACCACCGAUUUGCUCAACCAUCUGGUUUUCGUGCAGAAAGUGUUCAUGAGAGAGGUGAAUGACGUGGUUCAAAAGAUGUCAGGAAGCGAUCGCCCUGUUCCAGUUUGGACCGAAUUCGGCGAGUUUGAAAUGUACCCGCAAAAUCAGGAGCACAAACGACUUCUGUUUUCCGUGUCCAUCCGGCUGAACACCAUCACCAUCACGGCUACAACUCCAGCCAACUCCGGUGUAAGGUUCGAGACUGGAAAAUCCGAGUUCCACAUCUCAAACCGUGUCCAAAGCAUCCAAGGGUCUCCAGUGGAGAAGUAUACCAUAUCAACUAUGGCCAAGGUGAAUAUUCGUCUCAGUUUGGGCCAGUUGAUCCGUGAUCCCAUCUAUUUUGAGGCGGAGCCCCAGUUCCAUCAACAAGCAUACUUCCGCACCACAAUUCAGUUGAGAAACGCUCUUCAAGGGGAAAAAAGUGCGGAUCGUGUGGAGAGCUCGGAUGCCAUCUACAUAACCCUUGAUCGCCCUCUUGUGUUUGUUCAACCCGUGGCGGUGGACAGAGCCAUCCUAUUUUGGCUCAGCUACAAGAAUGCUUGGGAAUAUUGGACCGAGCAGCGUUUGAACUUGAAUAAAGAUGUCCUUAUGGCCACCGAGCAAGUCUUGGAGAAAGUGCCCAUCAGUCAGAUUACUAGUCAGUUGAGUGCCCCACACGUUGGAACAGUGUUUCUCCAAGUGAAUGUCAAAGACAUUGGGAUAUGCAUUCCCGUCUCCUUGGACCCGACUGACGCUCUCAAGCAAGACAUGGAAACCAGAGGCGCGAUUGUGGCUACCGUGGAAAGUACGAGUAUCACGUCGUGCUCUGCACGCUCCACCGUGAGCAAAGGCAAAUUCCAAGACUUGUGUGUCAGGUUCACUGAGGAUUUCAACCAUUUCCAAGAUGAUUGGAAACCAGACCCAAAGGACGCGUCCCUCAUGAACUUGUGCAUCGUCUCAGAGGGCUCCUAUGAGAUCUGCAGUCACACAGAGAAGGCCAUUCGUGAUGAAAAUGCCAAAUGGCUGUUGAACAUCUCUUGGCAGAUGACCGGUGUAGAUGUCCAUGUUGAUACCAACAUUGGUAAGCAUCUGACCGCUUUGGGUAGUACGUUGACUUCAUUGACAGGAGAAAUUGAGGAGGAGGGCUCUCCGGAAUCUCAAUCCAUUUCGGAGGACGAUGAAAACGAUUUGUCCUCUUCUGAUGACAUGUCCUACUGGAGGAAGAAGAACCAACAAAUUGAUCUGGAUUUGCCUUCGUUUCUAUUCAAUCCCAAUCUUAGCAAGGGCGAGGUGUCCAAAUAUCUCGAGAAUGAGAUCAAUGAGCAAGCCAAGACGGUGGAGGACCUUCAGAAACUUGGAGCCUCCAAGCAAACCGUGAAUUGUGAAAUGAAGAAGUUGACCGAACUGCAGAAUAUUGCCUCGAAAAACUUCAGAUUGGAAAUGGUUGAGCGAAUUCGACGACAAAAAUCCCGAGCUAAUUACUUCAAAGAAAAAUUCGGCUUGGGAUCAGGAGGAGGAGGAGGAGGAAGUGGUGGUGGUGUUAGUGUUAGUGGCAGUGGUAGUGGUAGUGGUAGUGGUAGUGGUGGCACCAAUGGUGGCACCAACAGUGGGAAUCCAUUGGGAGGAAAUGCCGCAGGAACGACGCCCCACAAAUUGAGUGCCAAGUCUAAAUCAAUGUGUCUCCCUUCGUCAACAUUUGAUGACUCUGACUUUGAGGGGAACGAGGACCAGCAGAGGCGAAAGUUCAGUGAUAUGUCCAAGAAUGCCUCUUUUGAAGACGUGCCCAACAACCAGAAAGAGAGCAACUUCAGAAGACCCACACCCUUUGUAAGCAAGGCCAGCACCAUUGAGGAGGAAGACGACGUCAGUUGUACUUCAUCCACGCCAGACAGCAGCGCCAAGAAUCUGAGUCCGAGGAAUUCCACGAAUCCGAACUUGACUUCAGCCGCCAUAUCCAAAACAUUGGAGCCCAAUGUGGAUUUCGAGUUCCAAGUGAAGAUCUUUAUCAAUUCCGGAAAAUGCGUCCUUCACACCUUGCGGGAGGAAGAAAAGCGUGGCAUGAGAAAGGAUCGAAGCUUUUCCGGCAACUUAUUUGACAGCCCGAACGUGACGCGGCGAAGUAAUCGAGGGAACGAUUUCAAGCCAGCUCAUAGUUCCACUCGUUUAAGAGAUAUGCGAGGUAUUUUUCAAGACAUUACCACUUUCUACAUUCCGGGUCUAGAUGUUCGGGUUCAUUACAUCUCCAAGACCGACGAAGGCACAUUAGCGGAUCCCAUUGGACAACCUUCGUUCCUAAAGAAGAGCUCCAGUGCCAAGAAAGGGACCCUGGUCACUUGGAUGACCCUACAGAGCAUUCCAGAAGAGACCAUCAUUACGCCAAAUAUUUUGGAAUUCCUGGAGCAGGCUUUGGAGCCUCUUCCCACUUUCAAUACGAUGCGAGGCACUCAACCUCAGGAUGGCGAGUCGGACUCGGACAACGAUCCUGACUCCAAUGCCGGGUCUCAAACCGGGGCAGUUUUGCCCCCUUCCUAUUCCUCGUUUCCCGUGGAUGUCAUUGUCUACUUUCAUAUGCAGAGCUCCACGUUUCGAUUUUCGUGCAUUCCCGUAUCCAAGGUGGAAUGCAUGCUCAGAUUGCCUUCUUUUGACCUGGUGUUCUCUUCCAAACGGGUGGAUGGUCAAAUCAUGGAGGAAUUCGGGGAUUCGCCUCCAAAUGCCCGAUGGGACGAUCUCCCGGAAGCGGAUCGAAGUCGGUUUGAAGAUGGAAGCGUCAUGGGCGGCCUCAGCGUCACCGGAUGUCUCAAUGACUUUUCCUUGUAUGUGUUCCACCCCUAUGGCGGUGGCCGGAAGCAAAAACCCGAGGAAAUGAAUUUCUCUCCCUUGACCUCCGAGGAGCGAAAAGAUUCACUUAGUGUCAAUGUGGCCUUCGUCAAGUUUCACAUCUCUCGAUCCAGGAAGCUCAAUUUUGAGAAGAUCUCGCUCGAAUCCAGCCAAAAGUUGUUCAAGCUAGCCAACAUGGAGCCCAAGGGCAGCAUUGCGUGUGUCCGUUUCAGCACCAUCAUUGAUAUUGGUUCGGCUUCGUUCAAGUACGACAUGCGGCGGUUGUCCGAGAUCCUGGCCUUCCCCAAAGCCUGGUACCGCCGAACGCUAGUUCGGCGUCUCUUUUUGGGCGAAUUGAAGACCACUUCGUUCCACACCGAAAAGGAAGCCCCACCCAGUACACCGUUGGGUUCGAGUCGGCCCAUGCCAGCCAGUGCGGGCCUGCGGAGACAUUCUAUGAGCACUUCCACUAACGGAACGGGAGGAGGUGGAGGAAGCGGGACCGGUGGAGGUGUGGGCAGCGCCAAAGAGAAGCGGUCGAGCGUUUCCCAGGCAGACAACCAGAAGAAGAUUUGGAUCGGUCAGACCACCGCCCAUUCUUGGGAGACCUUGGUGAUGAUAGCUGUCAAUUUCAAGGAGCUCAAAGUCCAGAUGAACAUGGGCAACGUGAUGGGGAACGUGGAUUGGAUCUCGAAGAACUUGCACUCCCGAGCGCGCCUGUCCAUCGCUUCCACUGGCCACAAAAACAUGGCCAUCACUUUGGGCUUGAAUGAGAGCAACUUUGAGGCAAAAGCUGGAAUCGUGGGCGGGGCUAUCAACAUUGGGAAAGUGGAGACGUUUUGUCAAUUGAAGGAGGACAGUGGGAUUGAGCCCUUCCACAAAUUUGCCUUGCAAGUGGACGUCAUGGAAAUCAAGUUCGAUUACAUGGGCUCGAGCAUCCUCAUGGGUCGAAUCAGCCAUUUGAAGGCCAACAUCAACGACGAUUGGCACGUGACGGAUGUCAAAGAUGAUGCCACCACCAUGCAUCCGGCCCAGAUCUUCAUUCAAGGCGACAUGAAUUGGGAUCAACUUCAGUUGAUGAUCUCCAAGUCCACAAGUGCCGACUUGCUCAAGAUUGCUAAGAAAAUGGAAGAGUUCUUUUCCCAACAGUUCAGAAGCAGCAAGAAACUGUUUUCCAGUCUGGAACCCGGGCCAUGGGCGGGGCGAGGCGCGCCGGCGAAGAAAGCGUCCAAAGAGGUCCCAUCGAUCGCCGACCUCUUGAACAUCAGUCAUCACCGUCAUUGGCAGAAAGCCUUGCAAAAGAUCUCGGGUAUGAAGAUUUACACCCUACCUUUCAAGCUGCCCGAGAUUGGCUCAGUUCUGGGUGGCCUCCUUGAACUCCGGGGCAAACACAUAUCCUUGGCAUGCUUUCACGGAAUCAAUUUUAAGUCCAAAUCCUGGGCCCUGUUCAGCUUGAAAGACCCUUCCAUUUCUUUCACGAGCGAUGCCCAAGACUUCAUGGAAGAGAUGGUUCAAGAGAAUGGCCAAUUGGCCCGAGGCAUGAACACAACCAUAAUUCAAACCUUGUCCUUUGCCCUGGGGCAAUCCAAUCACGCCACCAGAACGUAUCAUGGAUACAUGGCCACGGUCAAGAAGAUCUCGAGGAAUGUCAAGUACCUUCCACCCGUCAAGACAUUGAACGAGUGGUUCAUCUAUGCCUUCCGAAGUUCCGAUCUAGAUGAGGUCGGCCGAUUUCCGUCUUUGAACCCCGGUCCCGGAGGCAAGGACAAAGACGAGGUGACCCAGAAAACCGAAGACAUCUUCGCCCUGCCUUGUCUCACCAUGGACCUGAAAACCAAACACGUCCAAUCCGAAGUCAUUCCCUCAGAGACCGAUCCCAAGCCCACCGUGGAUUGCACCUUCGUGACGGACUUCGACAACCACAUCUAUGUGACCACGGAUGCCGAGGCGUUCUUUUUCCUCCAUGAUCUCAUUAGCUCCUACGUCAAGGAGAAAGAGCGCGUCAUCAAGAGCCAACUGAGCACGGUUCUGGAGAAGUCGGCCACGGCUGAGAAAUCUCCCAACCCGACCACGGCGACCUCUUCAGCAGGCGGAGCCGCCGGCAGUGGCACUAAGGCUAAAGACAAGGAUCCCAAGGCUCUGGCCAUGUUGGAGAAAGAUUGGCGAACGUUCGAUUGCACAUCCUGGCAUCUGGAGCCAACGGUGAGACUGAUCAGUUGGGCGGGCAGUGAAAUGGAGCCCUAUGGAGUGGAUUUCAUAUUGCAGCGGUUAGGCUUCAACCAUGCCCGAACCACCAUACCCAAGUGGCUGCAACGAGGUUGUAUGGACCCGUUGGACAAGAUCAUGUCCGUCAUCGUGUUAAGAACCAUUCAAAUGGUUCAAGAGGAAAAAAGAGCCGUUGAAGAGAAGGCCAACAACCAAAAACGAUUACAAGAUCAUGUGUCGUAGGAUACCAACCAAUGAACUCCCAUCGUACCUCGUUGCUAUUGAAUCAAUCCAUCAAUUAUAACCAUUGAGAGCUUUACAACAACAUGAAUACCACACUGUUAUAUCGUUA